AUGAUCAGUGAGUUUGCCGGGAUGGAAGAUUGGGGUCUGCAUGCUGUGGUUAGAGGAUGCAACAAAGGCUUCAGCACCAGUAUCAUAGAUGACCCACUAUUUUGUUUUGGCCCGAAAGAUGAUAAUGAGUUCUUGUUCAAUUUUCCGGGUCUUUUUGAAACCAACAAUAUUGUUUCAGCUAAUGAGUUAGAGGAGCUUUACAAGCCAUUUUACCCUCUGCUACCCUCUAAUUCUCCACAACUUAUUACUACGUCUUCCAUUUCUUUCCUUGAAGAAGAGAAAGUACCAGUUCCAGUUGGGAAGGUUCAGGAGAAGCAGACUAUCUCAGCUGAGUCUACUGUUCUUGCUACUGCUUCUACAACUCAUGCUGGCAAAUACAAAAGAAGAAGAAAUCAGCAGAAAAGGGUCGUGCUUCAAGUAACAGCCGAAGGUCUCUCUUCUGAUAUGUGGGCUUGGCGUAAAUAUGGCCAGAAACCCAUUAAAGGCUCGCCCUAUCCAAGGAGCUAUUACAGGUGUAGCAGCUCAAAAGGAUGUUUGGCAAGGAAGCAAGUUGAGCAAAGCUGCUCAGAUCCGGGGAUGUUUAUUAUGACCUACACUGCUGAACAUAGCCACACCCAACCCACUCGCCGGAAUUCCCUCGCCGGUACAACCCGACAGAAAUUCCUUCCACAUGAUCAGAAAAGUGGCCCCAACAGUGGAGACACCGAUAUGGAAAAAGCCCAAAACUCCGGUUACUCUUCUCCAAUAUCAACGGCAAUUGAUUUCUCUCCAGCAACCCCUUUAAUUGCGUCUGUUGAAGAAGAGUCUCCCCAAAUUAUAUGUCAAGAGAGAAAAGAUGAAGAUGAAGAACAAAUGGUUGAAAUGAGCCAUAGUAAUGAAUUUACUAUCCCAGAUUUGGUGUUAAGUGACGACUUCUUUGCGGGUUUGGAGGAUCUGGAUGAACUGAUCUCAGACUGCGGAAUUGACGGUCAUUAUUUCACCAAACAAUCUCCUGUGACAUUUUGCAGCUGA